AUGAGUUUUUGGAAAAGACAGUGGAACAAGCACGGAAAACGCUUUUCAAACAAGUUCAAUCCACAACAGUAUCUCCGAAUAACGAUUAACCUUGCAAGGAAUCAUGCGAAGCACAUCUUUGAUGAACUUGUUAAACAAGGAAUCAAACCAGAUGGAACUACCGCACGUCGGAAGGCAGAUCCACGAGAAGCUGUAAAGCAGAUCAUGGGUUAUUAUCCAAUGCUAAACAUACAAUUGAAUGACUCAGGGGAACAUCUGCUUCUUGAGAUUCGUCUGUGUGUCAACAACGAUGGGGUUAAACUCUUCCAUUGUGACUCUCUUUAUAUAUUUGCGGCUCCUUAA